AACUGCGGCUACAAUUUCUCAAAUCUUGGAAUGAAGCUGAUUUUAUAUUUUUUGGUUCUCGCUGCAUACGUGGGCAGUUCUUUAGCUCUUAAACAUGAGGUCUGCGAUUUGCCAUAUGCUGAUAAUGGUAUUGAUAUUGGAAGAAUCUACUUGAUUCUCAACAACAGAUGGUCCUAUAAUUCAGUGAACAACAAAUGCACACUUUUUUCUUAUAGAGGCUGCUGUGGAAAUGCUAAUAACUUUUUAACACAAGCAGAUUGUGAGGAAAAGUGCCUGGAGCAAAUAACAAAUGAAGACAGCAUGAUAGCUUAGCAUGAACUAAUUUAAUAUGUUAGCAAACUUAUCAGAACGUGCAACAGCGCUGAGAUUUUAUAUAAAAGUUAAUAUAUCACACUUAA